UUGUACGUUUGUGAAAGUUGUCCCCCGGUGUUUGGACAUCUCUCACGUCUGCUUUUGUUGCAACAACAAUUAAGGAGUUAAAAAGUACCAAAAAUGCCGAGUGGAAAAAAUUUUAGGAGGAGAAAGGACUCAUCAGACGAGGAGGAGAAUGAAAUAACCGAAGAAGUCAGGUCAAAACUGGAAGAGGCUAAAGAGUUACAGAGUUUGCGUAAAAGACAGAGCGGAGUCAGUGUGACCGCCUUGUUGGUAGGGGAGAAACUGCCACCAGAGGCUGAAAUUGAUAAUGACCCCUUUAAACUUAAGACUGGAGGUGUUGUAGACAUGAAGAAAGUUAAAGACAGGAACAGAGACAUGACAGAAGAUGAGACAGACCUCAACCUUGGUACCUCCUUCUCGGCUGAGACAAACAGAAGAGAUGAGGAUGCAGACAUGAUGAAAUAUAUUGAGACAGAGCUGAAAAAGAAGAAGGGUUUGGUGGAAGCUGAGGAACAGAGAGUUAAGGUGAAGAAUGCUGAAGAUCAUCUGUAUGAGCUGCCGGAGAAUAUCAGAGUCAACUCUGCCAAGAAAACAGAGGAAAUGUUGUCCAAUCAGAUGCUGAGUGGGAUCCCUGAGGUCGAUCUGGGCAUUGAUGCAAAAAUCAAGAACAUUAUUCAGACAGAGGAGGCAAAAGCCAAGCUACUGGCAGAACAAAGGAACAAGAAGAAAGAUCACGGUACUUCAUUUGUACCCACCAACAUUGCUGUCAACUAUGUUCAACACAACCGCUUCUAUCAUGAGGAUGUGAAUGCGCCACAAAGGCACCACAGACACAGAGAAGAGCCUAAAGCACGGCCACUGCGUGUUGGUGACACUGAAAAACCAGGUCCAGAAGCAUCAUCACCACCUAACUUCCGCAAACGUCCAAACAAUGAAAAGGCCACUGAUGACUAUCAUUAUGAGAAGUUUAAGAAGAUGAAUCGACGAUACUGAGCUGCUGGAUGUUUUCCGUUUUUUCAGAAUGAAUUACUCCAUAUGCGACAUAAAAUAAGUUGUGGACUGACCAAAAUACAUUUAAUGAGAGAACUCAGGAGAAAGUGUUGUACUUUGUAAAUACUGUAUGUAGCUCCAUGUGGUUAUUUGUCUACAGUACAUUUGUAAUGUAAUGAUGGGGGACACUGACAGUAGAAAUGGUUUGACAGUAGGAAAAAAAUGUAUGAACUGGUAAAAAAUGUCUUGUUUGAGACUUGAGUAAUACAUGUUUCCCAUUUCACCCUUCAGCUGUAGAACUGUUUUCAUGACCUUAUUU